UGGCCGGGGAUGAUAGCAGGAAGCCGUGACCAGGAGCCUUAUCGGCGGGCAACAGUAGGGGCUGGGCCGGGCCCUGCUUAGGCGGGCCUGGUGCUUCAUGGGGCGGCUCUGAGGCGCCGCUCUUUCCGCUGGGUACGCUCCCUUCGCCGGCCGUUGGCUCCAUGGCGGGCUUGGCUCCUCGCCUGCCCUUGCUCCUGCUGCUGUGGCGGCGCCGGCGCCUGCAAUGCUCGUCCGGGGCUCUCUCUUCCUUCGGCGGAGGCUGGGCCGCCUGGCGCCCAGCGAGCAACAGGUGUGGGCAGGCUGUAGAGCCCCGCGUUUUCCGGCUUUUCCCAGUCGCUGCCCCCAGCUGCGCCGCCUCCUCUUGGGCAGCUGCGGCUGGAAGCUCGAGGAAGAAGGCGGGCGAGCCCACCGAAGCCGCGCUGCCCCUGGGUGCUGGGCCCGGUGGCGGAGGAUCCGACGCCAAGAGGCUCCUGGCCCUGGCGCAUCCUGAACGCUGGAGGCUGACAGCUGCUGUUGGCUUUCUGACAGUUUCCAGUGUCAUCACUAUGUCUGCCCCUUUUUUCUUGGGGAAGGUUAUUGAUGUCAUUUAUACAAAUCCCUCUGGUGAUUUUGCUGACAACCUGUCCAACCUCUGUGUCUUGCUAAGCGGAAUAUUCUUCUGUGGUGCUGCUGCCAAUGCAACCCGUGUCUACCUCAUGCAGACUGCAGGACAAAGAAUUGUGAAUCAACUAAGAGCAACAAUGUUUUCAUCUCUUUUGAAACAAGAAGUAGCUUUUUUUGACAAAACCAGUACUGGAGAACUGAUCAAUCGCUUAUCGUCUGACACUGCACUCUUGGGCCGUUCAGUCACUGAAAACCUUUCUGAUGGUCUAAGAGCUGUGGCUCAGGCUUUAGUUGGGGUUGGGAUGAUGUUUUUCGUGUCUCCCAAACUUGCUAUGUUUGUUCUGAGUGUGGUGCCACCUCUGGCUGUCAUAGCUGUGAUUUAUGGAAGAUAUUUACGAAAACUGACUAGAAUGACACAAGAUUCCCUUGCAGAAGCAACACAGUUAGCAGAAGAACGGAUUGGAAAUUUACGAACAGUUCGAGCUUUUGGACAAGAAUUAAAUGAAAUGGAAAAAUACAGGAACAAAAUUGAUUGUGUGCUGCAGUUGGCCAAAAAAGAAGCAAUAGCUCGAGCAGGAUUCUUUGGAGCAACUGGGUUAUCUGGCAAUUUGAUUGUGCUCUCUGUUCUGUACAAAGGAGGAUUGCUGAUGGGCAGUGCCCACAUGACUAUUGGUGAACUGUCUUCUUUUCUAAUGUAUGCCUUCUGGGUCGGCAUAAGCAUUGGAGGUUUAAGCUCUUUCUAUUCAGAGCUAAUGAAAGGAUUAGGUGCAGGAGGACGUCUGUGGGAACUUAUUGAUAGAAAGCCAGAACUUCCUUUUAAUGAAGGAAUAGUAUUAAACCAGGAUACCUUCAGAGGUUCUUUGGAGUUCAGAAAUAUUCACUUUGCAUAUCCAACUCGACCAGAAACGUUAGUUUUCCAGGACUUUACCCUUACCAUCCCAGCAGGCUCUGUCAUGGCAUUGGUUGGCCCAAGUGGCUCUGGCAAAUCAACAGUUGUAUCUCUUCUGCUUAGGCUUUAUGAUCCAAUCUCAGGAACUAUUACUGUUGAUGGUGUUGACAUUUGUCGGCUAAACCCUCUGUGGUUCAGGACUAAAAUUGGGACUGUAAGUCAGGAACCCGUUCUGUUCUCCUGCUCUAUUGCUGAAAACAUUGCUUAUGGUGCAGAAGACCCUUCUCUGGUAACUCCUAAAGAAAUUGAGAGAGUUGCAGAGAUAGCAAAUGCUGCUACUUUUAUCCAGAACUUCCCCAAAGGAUUCCACACUUUAGUUGGGGAAAAAGGUGUUCUUCUUUCAGGAGGACAGAAACAGCGAAUUGCAAUUGCUCGAGCUCUUCUCAAGAAUCCAAAAAUUCUUCUUCUUGAUGAAGCAACAAGCGCUUUGGAUGCUGAAAAUGAAUAUCUUGUCCAGGCGGCACUAGAUCGACUUAUGGAAGGAAGGACUGUUCUCAUUAUUGCUCAUCGUCUGUCCACCAUUCAGAAUGCAGAUUGUGUUGCAGUUCUUGACCAGGGCAGAAUUAUUGAGUAUGGAAAGCAUGAAACACUCCUUACAAACCCAAAUGGACUUUUCAGCAAACUGAUGAAGAAACAAUCUUUUGUCCAUAACAGUGAAAGUUUUAUAAUAAAUUUAAAAUCCUGAAAGAGAGCUUUUUGUAAUUAAACUAUAAGGAAUAGAAAUGCAAAAUAUUUCCAAUAAUGUAUGUUUCAAGUUAUGUACAAUAUAAUAUAUAUAUAUUCCCCCCUCCUCCAUUUUCAAAUCUUGGUUGUGUUAACAUUUUUAUUCAGAGAUUUUAAAUAAUUGUAUGCAUACGAGAAUAUCCAACAUUGAACUGCUUUCAGAUUGUAAAUAUUUUUCUUUUUUAAUGGAUAUGGCAUGGGUGUCUUUUGCUAACACAUUCAUUUUACAGCUAAUUUGAGACUGAAUUUAAAGUCACUUGAGGCGGCUGCCGGACCCGCCUUCAUGGAUGCGCCAGCCCUGCUGGUAGUUUAGAUUAAAAAAAUUUUAAGUAAGACACAUGACCAAAUUCUAAAGAGACUUGCAUGCAAAUCAUUGGCAAAUAAAUUUGUUUGGAAUUGCCACUUUCCUGAUCAGUUAUACCUGAAUACUUGAACGUUUCAUCAAUGUUAAUAGAGACUGGAUUUUAAAACUU